AACUGGCCUCACAAUAACAGUUGAAAUGGAGCAAUGGGAGGUUCAAACUUCUUUGGGACCAACAGAAGCCAAAGAGAACCCCUCGUCACCGAUUGUCAACAGUUCCUGUGAGAACCUGGAAUGCUACAUGGUUCUCACCUGGGCGGAGCAGACGGCCAUCGGCUCCAUCUGCUUCCUGGCGGGUCCCGUCACCUUCCUGGAAAACGCCCUGGUGCUGGCCGUGAUCGCUGCGACGGCCUCCCUGCGCCGGCGGCCCUCGUACCUGUUCAUCGCCAGCCUCGCUCUGGCCGACGUCUUCGCCAGCUGCUUCUUCACCACCAGCUUCCUGGACUUCCACCUGUUCCGCCGCAGCGACGGCCCCACCGCCUACCUCUUCAAACUGGGCGGCGUCACCAUGGCCUUCAGCAGCUCGGUGGGCAGUUUGCUGCUGACCGCUCUGGACCGCUACCUCUGCAUCCAGCAGGCCUCCAGCUACAAGGUGCUGCUGACCCGCCGGAGAGCCGCGCUCGGCCUGCUGGUGCUCUGGAGCGCCACCGCACUCGUGUCCUUCUUGCCGCUGGUUGGCUGGAGGUGUCCCACGGGGCUGACUCCGCCCUGCUCGCGCCUGUUCCCCUACAUCAACCGGGGCUACCUGGCCUUGUGGACCAGCUUCGCGCUGGUGCUCCUGGCCCUCAUUCUGUGCGCUUACGCCCUCAUCCUGUGGAAGGCCCACCGCCACGAGUUGACUAUGACCGGCCUCCAGGGAGCAGCGGGGACAGGCCAGGCCCGCAUGAGGAUGGACAUCCGCCUGGCCCGCACCUUCGGCCUCAUCCUGAUCAUCCUGGUGGGCUGCUGGCUUCCCGCGCUCUCCUUCAUGUUGGCCGACGUCUCCGUGCUCCUGACCCGCGCCCAGCGGCGGGCGUUCGCCUUCUGCAGCACCCUGUGCCUGGUCAACUCUGCAGUCAACCCGCUGCUGUACGCCCUGCGCUGUCGAGAGCUGAAGGUCGCGCUCCUGCAGCUGCUGCGGAGGCUGCGGGACAUUGGGAGGUGUAGGAGAUCGACAGAGGCUUCGGCCCUCGGGUUACCCUCCACGGGAGACAACAACUUUACCGCCAUCACGGAGGACGAGGUGCCCGGGAACAGAGCGUCGCAUCUCGACUCGGUUUCAGAGAUGGUGCCUAGUCAGCAGCCGGGCUGCAGAAAAUUAGAGGAAAUGAAAGAGUAGUUUUCCUGAUCGGGACGUUUUUGACACUGAACGAAGAAUCAAAAGUAAUGAAGUUAUGAUCGUUGCUAUAUGUACAUUUAGGAUAUUGUGUAUUGUUAGUAGACCUAUUAGUGUAUUCAACAGAUCAGAAAGCCUAUUAAAUAUAUGAAUACAUGGCUAAUAAUUUGUUUAACUUGUAGCUAUGAGAUACACAUGAAAGACAGCUUGUAGGAAAGAAACAUUUCAAAAUACAAUUAGAACCAUUUUAGACUGUGGAAAUAAAGCUUAUCAUCUCUGUGCAUUGGUUCAGGUCAGACAAAGGGUUUAUUGUAUGUUGGACCGCAAUGGAGAUGACGUCAUGUGGCCCUUUAACCUUUGACCUCUCCGUCCUCAAACGUCAGCGCUUUAACCCUCUAGUUCCCUGCGAACUGAAGGGCUGACUUGAAUUUGGGGUUCACCAUGUGACAGAGGACGCCGUGGUUGGCAUAACUCAUCCGCACAUGAAUGCCAGGACUCCACAAAAGCUCCACGUACGGGAGGACUUCACACAACGUCCGCACGCCGUGCGCCGAGGCAAACGGAGCACGUGCCAGGAGGAAAACCAGCACAAACACUAGAACACUCUUUACAAUUGUGACAACUGGCAGCUGCAGCAAAGCACACACUGUAUGACAUUGCACUUAAAGUCACAGGUGCACAUACUACACUGAACAAAUGUUUUUACCACUAUAGCGACCCGUUAAAAAAUGGCUCUUGGCCAUACACAAUGACAUCAUAAUGCGAACCAUUAUCAACAGUCAUCCUUAAUCAUUGUCCAGUGGCUAAAGUCAGCAUUCUUGUGUUUGUAAUGAUUCAUAAGUAUUGCCGUGCCAGAAAACGACUUUUUUACACAGCAUUUUUUUACAUUAUAAAAAUGUUUACAUUUUAAAAAUAUAAAUAUAUAUAUAUAUAUAUAUAUGUAUACAUUAUAAAAAUAUACUUUCCCCCAAAAUCAGGAGUGGGGAUGAGGUCACAGGUUGUAUACAUUACAUUUGUAGUUUAAAUCUAGUAAUAUCUUUUGUAAAACCUGUUUUAGAGAUGUGUGAUAAGAGUUCCCAUAUGCUACUUUGAGGUUUUAUUUGCAUUACUUUGUAUAGGCCUACCCCAAAUGUCAGAAACCCA